AUGAAAUUUCUAUUUCUAUUUUGGAGAUUUUUUCUUGGCUCUUUCGCCUUUGAGAUAACAAAAACUUGCCCGGAUUUGGAUUUGGGAACUGAGUGCGACGCGUCAUGCAGGUUUGAAUUCAUCCAGUGUCGCGAAAAUUGCGCAGAUGCGAUUUGUGAGAAUGAGUGCGUCGCAACUUACACAGCCUGCUCUGCUGGAUGUCCUUGCUACAGUAAUUGCCCAGAUGGCUGCGAAAACUGCGAACAUCCUAUCUGUUACUGCAAGAGCCCGCAAAUAGACAAUCCGAAUUACCAGCGUUGUGUAAAAGAUGCCCGCGAUGAGUUCGAUGAGUGCGUUGAAGACUGCUCUGCUGCUCAAACUUGCUUUGAAAGUUGCUUUGAGUUCUUUCAAAAUGCCACGGAUAAGUGCCCUUGCAUGAGUGCUUGUCCCAACGGUUGCCCUUGCGAUGGUCAGCCUGGCUAUCAUUGCGAACCGUUCAUUACCCAUAUUUGUCAACGAACAACCGAAAACUGGUCAACUUUUCCGAGCUACGUAAUUUCUGCUGAUGGUCAGUUCAAAGAAGACAGAUUCUACUUUCAACCUGAAACUGAUAAACAAAAUUAUUUGGAAACGACACUUCAUGCGUCUCUCAACGGAAUCAUAUAUUUAUUUGGCGGAAAGUCUAAUAGGAAAAAAAUCGCCAAAAUCGAUGGAUGUACGAUCGAAGAGUUGCCUGUAGUACUUACCUACAACUACGACCACCACAGCAGCAUAGUCACAGUCCCAACGAACCCAAAUGAAAUAAUGCUUUGCGCAGGUCGUGACCAGAUAUCAGGUCCUUAUACAGUAUGCGAAGAUUUUGACGGAGAGAGGACUGUGGUCAGUCCGUUUACUCUGAAUUCGGAGCAUGAUACUGGAUGCAUGGCGUUGUACCAAAAUCUCUAUCCAAUUAUAAUCGGCGGCGGGCCAAACUCGCAUCCUCUAUCUGACAAAGUGGAAAUGCUCGGACUUAGUGGCUGGCAUUACGAGGCGAAUCAUCCACGCGCUCUCCGAAGUAUGGCCUGCAUUGCCUUUGAAGAUGGAACGCUUACGAUUGGCGGAGAUUUGACUGUCGACAAUAUUCAAGACAGAAAUUUCAUAAAUGAUGUUUAUCACUUCGUCAACGGAGUUUGGAAAUUUGCUGGAAAGCUUCAACAACCUAUUGGGAUGCCAUCAGUCAUCGCUUUUGACGACUACUUUAUCUCCUUUAGCGGCUUUCACUCAAAUUUUACCGGAGAGUAUCCAGUUGAAAGAGCGAAUUGGAACGGAACUCACGUGACUUCUACAACCAUUCUCACAACUCACGAAUACGAGUGUCACAAACCAAUCCUCUUCGAAUCAGCACCAGAUGUUUGUUCUGACUCCUGCGAUGACUUGUGCCAGGACUUUUGUUUUCCAACUGUUGAGCUUUAG